AUGCACAGGAAUUUGAUGGAUAAAGUGAUAGGAAUCAAUUCUCCCAUAGAAAAAAGUUCCAAUGACAUUAAAUAUUCUUCUAAUGAACUGACGGAAAAAAAAGAAAAUUCUUUAAAAGCUAUUAAUAAUACUGAUCAGUGUUUAAAAUAUACACCAGAAAAAAAUAAGUCACAAUCUAGAAAUUGCAAUACUCUCAGUGAGAAAUUUCCUAAAAAUAAUCUUAGUCGAAAUCAUAAAGUCACUGAAUAUUUUCCCGUUAGAAGAAGUGUGAGAAAAACAAAAAAGACUGUACUAGAAGAAAAACAAAAAAAUUUAGAAGAAUGUGUUUUAUCUAAAAGAGAAGAUGGACUGAAGGUUGUUCACUUUGAGGGUAAAGGAAGAGGUGUAGUUACUACAAAAAAAUUUUAUAAAGGAGAAUUUGUCGUCGAAUACUCUGGUGAAUUGAUUGAUAUGAUAGAAGCUAAAGUUAGAGAAAACAAUUAUGCAAAAGAUCAAAAUACAGGAUGUUAUAUGUAUUAUUUUAAAUACAAAAACAUUAAAUACUGUGUUGAUGCGACUGCAGAAUCAGGACGAUUAGGAAGGCUUGUUAAUCAUUCUAGAAAUGGAAAUUUAUCGACUAAAAUAAUAUCAAUAAAUUCCACUCCUCAUUUAAUAUUAGUAGCAAAAGAAGAUAUAGAAUUUGGUGAAGAAGUUUGUUACGAUUAUGGGGAUCGAAGUAAAGAAAGUUUAAAAUAUCAUCCAUGGUUAGCUUCUUGA